UGAAUCAGAACGCCGAGUUGGUUGUCGAAGUAUGUGGAGAAAACUUGCUUCGUUUUGGUGGGGAUCAUCGUGUCCUCGGAAUCAAGACCGUCAUGACGCCGGCGGAGGUCUCCAGCCUCAGCGAGAGAGGCGUGACGUCAAGGAGCAGCAGGUCCUGCACCUUCGAACAGAGAGUCGAUCUCUCCAAGAAUUUUAUCGAGAGGUCCACGUUGAGCUCCUCAAACCGAGCUCGGGUGACGGCGAACAGAGAGUCGAUCUCGACCGCGGUUUGGGCGGCGGAGAGAGUUCGCUUCGUCCUCCCGCAAACUGUUCUGAGCCGCCGGAGAGCCUUGCGGUUGCCGCUGAUGUCCUUGUGCCAUGCGGUUGUUGUCCCUCCAGCAUUAUUUAGCUGAAAAGAGCUUCUUUUUGGUCCCAGAGUCCUAAAUAUCAAGCGUCGGGCAAGGAGAAUAUAUCUUUGCAUUAAUUCAUCCAAUCUCAUCACUCGGUGUCAAUUUUUCAUUAAUAGAAAACAGUUGGAUAGGUGGGGAAAGGAGCCCAAUGUUCUACGCGAAAUGACAACUAAAUUGGAUCAAGCACUGCCUCAUAAUAAAUAACAAGUCACGAGAGGGAGCCGGGGAAAGAGUUGGGGAAUUAAUGGUGGGCACAAAGCAUGUGAAAGAAGAUUGGACUUAUAUGGCGCUUGCUUCUUGUUGACCCUCCAGUUAAAGGCAUCCCCUAACCAGUAGCACGCCUCUCCUUAUCCCUUCUCCAUUCAUAGUCACCAGAAAUGGCUAUGCUUUCUUCCCCUCCGCCAUUCUUGCGUCAUCCCAACCACAGUGAACCUCAACAUGGGAGGAGCGGCCCGAGCUUUCUCACCUCUAAUUCCGUUGUCCUCGUCGUUGGGCCUCUCACGGUGAUCGUAGUUCUUGUAGCCGCCGUUUCGUUGCUGGUAGUAGUUUGCAGAGUUAAAUCUAGGAAGAGCGGCAACAUCAGCAACUGCGCUAGCAGCUUUAGGAAAGGAAGCUUUGAUAGGACCCAAAUUCCUAUUUACUCCACCAAUGGCAUCGCCUAUGGCUAUAGCCCAGAUGUUAGGAGUUGCAUUCAAGGGAGGAAGCUGGGGUUUCCCAUGCAAGUCAGGUGUAGGAGAGGGCAGGUUUUCACUUACAAGGAGUUGGAGCAGGCCACCGAAGGAUUCAGUGAGAGCAAUGUGAUCGGAAAUGGUGGCUUUGGUUUGGUGUUUAGGGGAACCCUCAACGAUGGGACAGUGACAGCCAUCAAGAUGCUGCAAAGAGAAGGGAAGCAAGGCGAGAGAGACUUUAGGACAGAGGUCGAUCUACUUAGCCGACUGCACUCAGGUCACUUGGUUGGCCUAAUUGGCUACUGUGCCGAUCAACAUCAUCGGCUGCUGGUGUUCGAGUACAUGCCUAAUGGCAACCUUCAACACCACCUCCACCCCAAAUCGAAGAACCAGAAUCACAGACCUCUCGACUGGUGGACGAGGCUCAGCAUCGCACUUGACUGUGCUCGCGCUCUCGAGUUUCUUCAUGAGCACACCGUCCCAGCCGUUAUCCACAGGGAUUUCAAGUGCAGCAACAUCCUCUUGGACCACAACUGCAGAGCUAAAGUCUCAGACUUUGGCAUGGCCAAGGUUGGCUCUGAUAAGAUCAAUGGCCAGAUUCUCACUAGAGUCUUGGGAACUACUGGCUACGUUGCACCCGAGUAUGCGUCGACUGGCAAAUUGACAACCAAGUCGGAUGUUUACAGUUUCGGAGUGGUUCUUCUUGAACUCAUAACUGGCAGGGUGCCGGUUGAUCCAGCAAGGCCCCAAGGAGAGCACGUCUUAGUCUCAUGGGCUCUUCCAAGGCUUACCAACCGAGAGAAGGUUAUGGAAAUGGUAGAUCCAGUUCUAAGUGGACAAUUCUCAAAAAAAGAGCUAGUCCAGGUUGCAGCUAUAGCUGCAGUCUGCGUGCAAGCAGAAGCAGACUAUCGCCCUCUAAUGACCGAUGUCGUGCAAUCCCUCAUCCCGCUCGUCGUCAAAAAUAGCAUGGCUGCGAGUACCCCUGCUACUCCCUCCAAAGUGGAAGUCCCAAGAUCAUCAUUUUUGGAGAAAGAAGAAGGAUCAGUGGUUGAUCUGGAAGGUCAGUGCAAUGAAUGAAAACACAGUUUGGAGACACCUUCUAGCCAAUAUUCUGUGUGCUAGUCGUAUACAUACAUAUGGCUGAGUUGGCCGUUGAUGUAUACUUCAUAAUUGGUUGAUGCCACUUGAUGUCCAAUUCUUUGAACAUUUCUGUUUCCUUGAUGUAUAUUCUAUGUGCUAGUCAUAUAUUUAUGACUGAAUUGCACGUUUAUGUAUACUUGAUGCCACUUGAUAUUAAAUUUCAAAAAUGAAGUUUAAGAUAGACAAACAUAA